GACACCACGGAGCAAGACGAUGCAAACCACCACAGCGGCAUACUUUGCGUUACUUUUUCUCCCUUGCGUGUUUGGGACACUGGGGCGUAUAUUAACUAUACAUGAAGCGAACAUCUCCAGGGAGGGUCGGAAAGUGUUUACCACAACGGACAAAGAAUGUAAAUUCCCAUUUCGUCAGGGUGGAAGGAUUCAUCACAACUGCCUCACCAUCCUCUCCUCCAAACCAUGGUGCUCCCUCACGAGCAACUUCGACCGCGACCACCAGUGGGGCUUCUGUGCGCUGGAGAAGACCCGCCCGGGCGAUUCCGGCCACGCGCCGCGCAGGGCGGCCGACCCGUGCCGGGUGAAUCCGUGCCAGAACGGAGGCGCCUGCACGCCGAUCUCGCACAGCCGCUGGUUCCAGUGCUCCUGUCCCGACAGGUUCACGGGAACGGUCUGCGAGAAGAAGAAGUGCUACGAAACCGCACACCUGCGCUAUUAUGACAUCGGAGAGUCUUGGGGACGAAUUCACCUCCGCAACGUGGAACAGUGCAGGUGCGCGUCGGGGGAAAUCGAGUGCGAAAGGGUUCGCUACACAAUGUGCCGUUCGAACCCCUGCCAGAACGACGGAACGUGCCGCCUGAUCACUUCCACCGGCAAGGAAGUGUGCAACUGCCGAAGCCGCCACAGCGGGCCGCGCUGCAGCCUCGACCCCGAUGCCGAGUGUUACAAAAACAGGGGCAGAGACUACCGAGGGCUGGCGAACACCACGCUGUCCGGCGCCAGGUGCUUGCCAUGGAACUCGGACCUGCUGCACAACGAGCUCCACGUCGGCGCCAUGGUCGCAUCGGCCCUCAGGGGCCUCGGGGAGCACGCCCACUGCAGGAACCCAGAUAACGACAAGAGGCCGUGGUGCUACACACUAAAUGAGGGCGCCAUCUCCUGGGAGUACUGCGACGUCCCCUCCUGCGUGAUGCCUGUGUCUUCUUCCCGAAGGAUCAUCCCCGAUGGUACGAAACCCAAACCCUCCGUGCCCGCCAAGCCGCAGGUGUGUGGCAAGAAGCACAAGAAGAGGCGGUCGGGCCCCAUGGUGCGGAUAUUUCUCGGGAGCGCGGCUAUGCCGGGUGCUCACCCCUGGAUGGCGGCCAUUUACAUCGGAGAGUCCGACUUCUGCGCCGGCACCCUGGUCUCCUCGUGCUGGAUCAUCUCCGCGGCCCACUGCUUCUUCCGCAACCCCCUGAAGUCUCAGCUUCGAGUGGUGCUCGGCCAGCAGAAUUUCAACGUCACCGGUCCCAACACUCGGACAUUUGGAGUGGAGAAGUACAUCUUUCCCAACUCCUUCUCAGUGUUUAAUCCGACAUUACAUGACAUUGUCCUGAUCAAACUGGCCAAGCAGGACGGGCGCUGCGCGAGGAGAACCCCGUUCAUCGCACCCAUCUGUCUCCCGGACAAAAGCACCACGUUCCCCGAUAACUACUGCUGCUCCAUCAGCGGCUGGGGACACGUCGACGAGAAGGCCGAGGGUUACUCGAGUCUGCAGGAGGCCGGAGUGAGGCUGGUCCCCCACGAGGCGUGCAGGAGGCCCGACGUUUUUGGCAACCACGUCACCUCCGACAUGAUCUGCGCGGGGCUCAACGGCUGUGCCGACGCCUGCCAGGGCGACUCCGGGGGCCCUUUGGCCUGUGCGAGGAACGAUGUCAGCUUCCUGUACGGGAUCAUCAGCUGGGGAGAGGGCUGCGGGCGCUCGGGAAAACCUGGUGUUUACACCAAGGUGGUCAACUACAUCGACUGGAUCAAUUCAGUGAUCAGACGCAAACCCAAGGCUUCGUGAUCAGACAUGACCACGGACAUUACCUUUAAUAUAUGAGAUUUUAUACAGUUGUUUUUGUUUGUAAUGCUUGUGGAAGUUUAUGAGUUAUCCAUUUUUAACUGUGAAACAUUUUGUGACUGAAUAAACCUUAACUUACUUUG